AUGGAACAGCUUUUCAAGUAAGUUUUUGGUUGUUAAAUCGUGUUUACUGUGUAAAAAUGGUUAAUAAUGGAUAGAUAAAAUACAGUAUUUGUUAGGAAUGACAUUUUGGAAAAUUUCGAGAUCUUAUUUCAUAGAGGGAUUAUGAAAAAUGGCAGUUUUUUGACGAUUUUUAGAGAUUCAAAGCACUUUUCAAAUAGGUUUUUGGGUGUAAAAGUGGGUUUACUGUGUAAAAAUGGUUGAUAAUAGAUAAGUAAAACACCGGGUUUAUCCGGCAUGGCAUUUUUGAAAUUUUCAAAGCUUUAUUUCAUAGAGGAAUUAUGAAAAAUGGCAGUUUUUGACGAUUUUUUGGAGAUUUGAUCACUUUUCAACUUGUUUUUUUAGGUAUAAAAGGGGUAUAUUUUAAGAAAAACGGUUGAAAAUGGAUAGGUAAGAUAACUUAUCGAUUAGGCAUGGAAUUUUUAAAUAUUUUUAGGUCUUAUUUUGCAAAGAACAUGAAAAAUGGCAUUUUGUCCUGUCUUAAAAAAAGAUUUUUUGCUUUUUUUCAAAAUUUAGGUAUAAACUGACUAAAAGAUUUAGUUUUUUAAUUUUAUUAGAUUGUAAGUGAUAUGGAAAGUAGACAUGAGCAACGGGCCGGGCCGGGCCUAAAUUUUAGGCCCGGCCCGUUUUUGAUUUUGGUCAGGCCCGGCCCGUUUUAAAAAAUUUUAAAACUUAAAAACUAAACGGAAAUUUGGCUUUAAAUUGUUUUUUUAGGUCAUUUAUGGAUCAUAGAAUCCAAUAAAAUCGAAAAACAUAAACGGGAAUUGAAAUAAAAAAUUUUAAAAAAUUAAAAAAUUUUUUUUUCGGGCCCGGGCCCAAUUUUCAAGCCCGGCCCGUUUUCGAUUUUGCUCAGGCCCGGCCCGGCCCGAAGGUAGGGCCCGGCCCGUUGCUCAUGUCUAAUGGAAAGGCCAUUUGUAAAUUUGAUUUUGUUACGAAACUUCAUUUUUUGAUUAUUGAUUUUUGUUGUGACAUUUCGUUCAAAAGGUAUAGCUUGUUUUCUUUUGGCUAAAAUUCAGAUUUUUUUAAAAUAUAGCUUGACAGAAUCCUAAAUCCAGAAAGGAAGAAUUUAAUUUUUUGAAUUUUUAAAGCCUUAAUUUUUGAAAAAUUUCAGAAAAAUCGACUCUCAUCAAGAUGCCUUCAUUGCGUUGCUGAAGGAAGCCGUCGCGAUCAAGAGUGUUUCUGCCGAUGCUGCUUAUCGUGAUGAGGUGUUUCGGAUGACUUCCUGGACUGCUGAGGUAUGUUAUUGUGUUUUAUCUAUGAAAAAUGUGUAUAUUCUUAUCUAUUCUUUGUUUUGUUGCUGUUUUCUAAAAGGUUUUCGGAAAUUUAUCAAAAAUUCGUUGAAGUUUGAGCGGUUUUUGAUCUUCAUCAUGUUAUACUUGGAACAAAACAAUGUCUUUGGGCUAAUUUUGAAUAGCAUUAGAUAGAGAAUUUUGUGAGCCAUGUUUUAAAACGUAUUUUACUUAGCUAAAGCCUAUUUGGACAUUAGUUAUGAUCAAAAAACGAGAUUAGAUCAAGUGUAAUAUAACAUUUCUUAUUUCAGAAGCUAAAAGAGAUUGGAACAAAGGUCGAACUGAUUGAAAAUGGUCAACAAACCCUUCCAGAUGGAAAUCAGAUUAAAUUGCCACCAGUCUUAUUUGGUCAACUUGGCAACGACCGGUCGAAAAAGACCCUAUGCGUUUACGGUCACCUGGAUGUUCAACCGGCUUCGAAAUCGGAUGGAUGGAACACUGAGCCAUUCGAAUUGACUGUGAAAGAUGGGAAAAUGCAUGGACGAGGUAGUACUGAUGAUAAGGGACCGGUUUUGGCUUGGGUUAACGCGAUAAAGACGAUGCAGGAGCUGAAGAUUGAGAUUCCGGUCAAUAUUAAGGUAGGUGGUUGAUGUUGUAGGUUUUUGACGUUUUAAUGAUUGGAUAUUGAAGGGGUUGGUAUUUAAAAGUUUAAACAGAUAUUGUUGCUGCUUUUUAUGGCUAUUUUGAUACCUAUUCUAAUGAUUUUCUUAUGAAAUAAUUAAAAAUGUACAGGGUGUCCCAAGAUUUUUGCGGAAAAGUAAAAGCUUGUUUCUCGAAAAGUACCAGUCCAAAUUGGACGAUUCUUUUUUUAGUACACUUGAAAUUGCGGGCGGAUUUGGUAUUGGUACUUCGUUUUUUGAUAUUCGGCGGAUGGUCGGCGGAGGCCGGCGGAGGCUACUUUUUUUGCUUUGACCAAUCCAAAACCUUCAUUUUUUGGUUCCUAUGUCACCUGCUGAUUCGUCAAAACGCUUUCCAAUCAAAACAUGUCUUUCCCUGCAUCGGCGGACGACCGGCGGAGAAAAACGGCGAAGGCCAUAACUCCGCUCAAACUCAAUAUUUUUUCACCGGACAAAAAAUGGAAAUGUUAUUUUAAGCUUUUUAAUACAUUUAAUCAAGUUUACAGUUCAAAAAAUUUCAUCGGCGGACGAUCGGCGGAGAAAAUCGGCGAAGGCCGUAUCUUGGUCAAUUUUUAAUAGUUUUUCUUCGGAAAAAAGUUGUUGGUACCCUAAGGUCCUUCUCUACCAAACAAAUUUAAAAAUUUUUUAAAUUUUUAAAACUUUUUUUUAAAAAUAUUAUUUUUUUUAUUUUUUUAUUUAACUUUUUAAAACUAUUCCGAUAUUUUUUAUAAAAAGUUUAUUAACAAUAACCUAUAUAACAACAACGCUAACUAAUGAGAUUGUUCAUCGUUGGUUGCUGGGUAACUCCUUUCCACACUUUGACCACCAACAUCAAGACACCGUCGCAAUCGCUUCGGAUAGUUGCGCAAAGCUGCGCGACACAUUUCUACUGAAAUCUCCGCAACCACAUCGCGAAUUUUUUGCUUUAGUUCGCGUAACGACGCGACUUGAACACUGUAUACUUUUGCCUUCACGUAACCCCAAAGGAAAAAAUCCAUUGGGGUUAGAUCGGGCGAGUUUGCCGGCCAAACGAACGGAGGAGGAGCGCCGCGACUAUCCCGACCCAUCCAGCGACCCGGCAGAUGGGUGUUCAAAAACUCGCGCACAACUAAGCUAUGAUGAGGAUGAGCCCCAUCAUGCAUGUACACCAAAGUAGCUAAAAAGAUAUAAAUUAGUAUUUUGCUUGUUUUUCGUACCUGAAUUUGGCCACUGUAGAAGCUGUGGCAACACAUCUUGCUCUAACAGCUCCAAAUAACGUGCCCCGUUAAUGUUUUCAUCAAUGAAAAAAGGCCCCACAACCCCGUUCCACCCGAUGGCUGCCCACACAUUCGUUUUGGGAGAAUGCAACGGCUCUGAUACACACCAGUGAGGAUUCUCUUUAGCCCACCACCUUGAAUUUUGACGAUUUAAGCGGCCAUGGAUAUGAAACGUGGAUUCAUCGCUAAAAACUAGCUCUUCCAAAAACGCCUCGUUGUUUUGCAGCUGCUCAAGCAUAACAUUUGAAUGCGAUAAACGUUGUACUAUGUGCCUUGGCAAGAUUUCUUGCACUUUUUGAAGUUUGUAUGGGUGGUACCCAUCUUCGCGCAAUUUCCGACUACAUGUACUCUUCGAAGGUAUACCCUCAAAACGGCUCAAUUCUCUUACAGAUAUUCGCGGAUUGUCGGCAAUAGCAUCCCCAAUUCUAGCAACAACUUCAGGAGUGGCAACAAAGCUAAAGAAAUGUUAUUUUGUUAGUUGUGCUUACUUUGUUUUCACUUUUUCUUUUCUGAGGCAGUGGCGACGACUACGAAACUCGAUAACCCAGCGUUUAAUAGAAUCUGCUGAUGGACAGGGUGUACGAGGGCUACGGGGGUGAUACACGGCCAUGUACUUUCUACGAACGCUUUCAGGACUUUCCCCUAACUUAAAAUACCAUUCAACACAUUCACUCUUAACAUCAGCACCCCAAACCAUUUUUUCUUGAUCAAAGAGUUUUAAAAAAAUAAAAAUAAUACCAAGUCAGAAUAGUUUCAACUAUGUUUUUAUGGUUUUAUUUGAAAAAUAUAUGAUCUCUGUCGAUCGAAAGUAAUCUUAACUAUUUUUUAAAAACUUCACUAAUUUCUGAAUUCGUAACAGUUAGGUAGAGAAGGACCUUAGGGUACCAGCAACUUUUUCCGAAGAAAAACUAUUAAAAAUUGACCAAGAUACGGCCUUUGCCGAUUUUCUCCGCCGAUCGUCCGCCGGUGAAAUUUUUUGAGUUUUAAACGUAAUUGAAAUGAUUAAAAAGCUUAAAAGAACAUUUUUACUUGUUUCCCGAAGAAAAACUAUUAAAAAUUGACCAAGAUACGGCCUUCGCCGAUUUUCUCCGCCGAUCGUCCGCCGAUGAAAUUUUUUGAACUGUAAACUUGAUUAAAUGUAUUAAAAAGCUUAAAAUAACAUUUCCAUUUUUUGUCCGGUGAAAAAAUAUUGAGUUUGAGCGGAGUUAUGGCCUUCGCCGUUUUUCUCCGCCGGUCGUCCGCCGAUGCAGGGAAAGACAUGUUUUGAUUGGAAAGCGUUUUGACGAAUCAGCAGGUGACAUAGGAACCAAAAAAUGAAGGUUUUGGAUAGGUCAAAGCAAAAAAGUAGCCUCCGCCGGCCUCCGCCGACCAUCCGCCGAAUAUCAAAAAACGAAGUACCAAUACCAAAUCCGCCCGCAAUUUCAAGUGUACUAAAAAAAGAAUCGUCCAAUUUGGACUGGUACUUUUCGAGAAACAAGCUUUUACUUUUCCGCAAAAAUCUUGGGACACCCUGUAGGUAACAGUAUGUUGUGUUAGACGGUUGGUGUUUUAAGAUUUUUUGAUGAAAUAUUAUAUUGAUAUUGAUGAUUUUUUAUUUUCAAGUGUUAGAAAAGAUGCUAUUCUUGCUUUUUAUAUUGAUUUAGAGGUCAAUUUCAUCUAUUUCAAGCUCCAACUCAUUAAAAAUAUAGGUAUUAACACCAACUUUUCAGUCUCAAAACUAGUAAAUUAUUUUUUCAGUUUGUAUUUGAAGGAAUGGAAGAAAGUGGAUCAGAAGGCCUAGUAGAGAUCCUGACUAAACAUAAAGAUGGGUUCUUGGGUGAUGUAGAUGCAACAUGUAUUUCGGAUAACUACUGGCUUGGCCGUAACAAACCUUGUCUUACCUAUGGUCUCCGAGGUGUUUGUUACUAUUUUGUUGAAGUUUCAAAUCCAAAACAGGAUCUACAUUCUGGAAUCUAUGGUGGCGCUUUGUGAGUUUGUAAUGAGGUUUUUAGUUUUUUUUUGAAGUUUCGGUUUUUAGGCUAAAAAUGAGCAAAAAUGGCGUUUUUAAUUGAAAAAAGUUUUUUAGGUAUAAAAUCAUUGAAAGUUUGAUUUUUUAGGCACGAACCAAUGAAUUCCUUGGUGAAGUUACUUGGUACAUUGACGAAAACUGACGGCACUAUCAAUAUUGAUGGUUUAUACGAUCUGGUAGCACCUUUGAAGCCUGGAGAAGAUGAGUUAUAUCAGAAAAUUGAUUUUGAUACUGUAAGUUCUUUACUUAUUUUUUGUUUUUACUGUAUUCAGAAUGGCAAGUGCUUUCUUUACAAAGCUUAAAAUGGCAAUAACAUUUUUUAUAAGACCUAAAAUUUAAUUUCUCGUAUAACUUGUCACUCGCAGGUUGCAGGAUAAUGAAUUCAGUCUAUUUCUGUGUAAAAAGCAAAAAUUUUCUUUACAAAACAUAAAAUAGCAAAAACUUUUUUUACAAAACAAGAAAUGGGAAUAACUUUCUUUACAAGCCAUAAAAUGGCAAGAACUUUCUUUACAAAACUCAAAAUGGCAAGAACUUUUUUAUAAGACCUAAAGUGUAAAUUUUCGUAUAACUUGUCACUCACAGGCUGCAAGAGAACAAAUUUUGUUGAGUUUUGAAAAAAUGGCAACAACUUUCUUUACAGAGCUAAAGUUUUAAAAAUCAAGAGUUUUAACUUGAAUAUAUGAUAAAAUAGGUAUCAUAAAUUUAAAAAUCUACUAAAAUAGGUAUAAAACUCUUAUUUUCAGGAAGAUUUUCGCAAAAACAUUGACGCGAACUCAUUGACAACAUCAGACAAGGCCGAGCUAUUGAAGAAGACCUGGCGCAUGCCAUCACUAUCAAUUCACGGCAUUCAAGGAGCGUUCCACGAGCCCGGUUCCAAGACAGUCAUUCCGUGCAAAGUGACCGGUAAAUUCAGUAUACGAAUCGUACCAAACAUGACUCCGGAGAAGGUGCACCAACUGGUACAACAACACAUCGAAAAGGAAUGGCAGAAGCUGCAAAGUGAUUGUAAUAUUAAGAUUCAGCCGGCUCAAGGAAACCUGCCAUGGGUGGCUGAUUUUAAUAAUUCGUUGUACAAGGCUGGUGCUAGGGCGCAGGAAAAGGGUGGGUCUUUAAAAUUGAAUUGAAUGUGGCAGGGGAAACUAUGCUAGGAUUUUUACAGGUCUAGUAGGGGGGGGGGGUGUUUUUUGGCAAAAACUUUUUUUUACAAGGCUUUAAAUGGCAAGAACUUCCUUUACAAAUCAUAAAAUGGCAAGAACUUUCUUUACAAAACAUGAAAUGGCAAGAACUUUCUUUACGAAACAAAAAAUAGCAAGAACUUUCUUUACAAAGCAUCAAAUAGCAAGAACUUUCUUUACAAACAUUUUUUUAGUAUUCGGAGUAUCACCAGACUACACCCGUGAAGGCUGCAGUAUUCCCAUCACAUUGACCUUCCAAGAGCUUACCGGCAAGAAUGUCAUGUUACUGCCAAUCGGCGCCUGUGAUGACAUGGCCCACUCCCAGAACGAGAAGAUGAACAUCUCCAACUACAUGAAUGGCAUCAAGACUUUGGCGGCGUUUUUGAUGGAGCUCAACGAAGCUUUGUAG